AUGCGAAUUGCCGAACACGCGUCAGCGGUGCGGAGAAAUGACGCCAACUCUCAGGUCGCAGCCCAUUCGACGAGACCCGGUCACAAGUUCAAGUACGAUGAGGCCAAAAUUGUCGCGAGAGGUGAUAAUCGCGUGAGCCGCGAGUUGCUUGGGUCAAGGCUCAGGAGACCCCAGUCUAUCAACAAGUGCAACGACAUCCCCACUCUACAUUCCAUGCUGCGGCAUAGUCUGGUCAGAGUAAUCAACCACUCGGGGAGCGCGCAGGCCGGUGGGCCAGAUGGCCGAGCAAUCCUCACGCCAGCAUCCAACAAGGCCGAUCCAAUUUCAGCAGUGAACUACUUGCAUGCCGACUACCAAGCCAUUAGCGCAACAGCAGGCAACAAUUCUCAAUGA